AUGACAGAACAUAUUGAUGGUAAGCGUUUACAUGAAGAUCUUCGUUAUCGCUUUGAGUAUAUAGCUAAAUUUAUAAAUUUUACAAGUGAUGAUGUAAAAGCGUUAAAUGCAUUUGCAACAACGGCUCUUCCACUUGUUCCGGUAAUUGUAGAUGCUGUUUAUCGAAAGUUAUUUCAAUUUGAUAUAACAAAAGAAUUCUUCGUUUUACGUAAUGAUGGCUUUGAUGGUAGAUUAAAAAAAGAUGAAGUACUUACGUUAGAUUCAGCACAAAUGGCUUAUCGUCGAGAUAUGCUAAGUGAUUAUUUAAAACGUUUAUUAUUACAACAUGAAUGGGCAGAUGAUUUUCUUCAGUAUCUUUCACGAAUCGGUCGUUUACAUGGAAGUAAAACUGGGCAAGGGUCAAUUAAUGUUGAUUACAUUCAUAUGAACGCAACAUUAUGUUACGUUGAAACUCUGCUUAUUGAUUCUGUUUGGCAUACAGAAAAUUUGGAUAAUAAAGCAAAAAAAGAAAUUUUAAUAGCAAUAAAUAAAGCAUUUCGAAUUCAAAAUGAUUUAUUACUAUUACAUUAUCUUGAAUCAUCAAAAGAAAGUGAUGCAUCAACGCGUCAUACAGCAAAGAAAUGUGUUUGUAGUUAA